GUUGAUUACGGGGGUGCUGACUUCAUCAAAAGGUUGCCUAUAAAAGCUGCCUGAAUGCAUGGAGAAGGCAUCAUUCGGUGUUCCUAGUUCAGUAAAGUGAAUUAGUUAGUUUCAUUUGGACAUAGGAUACAAAAACCACUAAACAGGCUCAUCCGGAUACCUUCUAACAAUGCGUUGUGCCUUCAUCCUUUGCACCUUGGUGGCCAGUGUUUUGGCUUACCAUGAUGCUGCCUUCAGCCCAUACCAGGAGUACACCUACGAAGUUGAAUCCCGCACCUUGACCGGAUUCCCCGAGCAAAAGGAUCAGUACUCUGGUGUCUUCUCCCGUGCUCAUCUUACUCUGUGCCAAAAGAGCGAGACUGAGCUUAUUGGGCGCCUCACUAAGGCUGAGUACGCUCCCUUCAACGGUCAACUCAUCGAGGGUUGGGCCUCCGAAGUGGACGAGAAGACUCUGCCCUACAAGCAGCAGCCCUUCUGCGAGAAGCCCUUCGCCAUUGAGUACAAGAAUGGCGUCAUCCGUUCCCUCGCUUUCGAUCCAUGCAUGGCCAAUGAGCACGUGAACCAAGUUAAGGGUGUCGUGUCUCAAUUCCAGCUGGAUCUUGCCGGUGAGAAUGAGAUUAAGUGCAAGUACAACCAGAUGCCCGAAUAUGAUGCCCACAAGAGCAUUGUUGGUGCCUACAAGACCAUGGAAGCUACCGUGACUGGCAAGUGCGAAGUUCAGUACCGCGUCUCCCCUGUUCCAGCUCAAUUUGCUGAGACUCACCGUGAAUGGUUCCCCAUUCCUGAGCUCAAGCAGAACCACACUGAUCAGCAUGUGCAAAUUGUGAAGACCAAGAACUUUGAGCGUUGCGACAAGCGCAUUGGCUACCACUUCAGCCUGCAGACCAUGGAGGAGAAUGACGAUAAGCCCAAUGCCAACCAGAUGGGUGAUUUCUUCACUCGCAGCUCUGUCUCCACCAUCUACAUCACCGGCCAACUGACCAACUACACCAUCCAGAGUGCCGCCACCUACAACAAGGUGCUCGUUAACAACAAUCUCCGUGACGAUGAGGCUCCCAUGGUUGCCAGCUACGUCAAGGUUACCCUUCAGGAUGUCAAGCCCCUCCACGGUGCUUGCCAGGGACCAGACAAUGCUCUCCCCGUUGGUGAUCUCGUCAGCCGCUACAACCUCCCAUCCGACACCACCAAUGCCAUCCGCCCUGUGAAUGAAGACGAUGAUGAUUCCGACUCUUCUUCCUCCGAUGAUGAUUCCGACUCAUCCAGCUCCAGCUCUUCCGAUGAUGAUUCCUCUGAGACCAACCAGCACGCCAAGAAGACCCAGCUCCUCCGUGAGCAGGACAAGCUUCGUGAGCGUCAGCAAUACAGGAAGCAGCAACAGCAGGAAGAUAACCAGGAAUACAACAAGGAGAACAACCACGAUAAGUACCAGCCCAAGUACAAUGAACGCUACCCCGAACCAACUGAGCAGCACUUUAGGCGCGCCAGGAGGAGCGUUGCUGGACAUCCCCACCAUGAGCAGGAUCACAAGUACAGCCACAAGAUGGAGGAGGUGAACUACAACAACAAGAAGAAUGCCGAUGAUUCCGAUGAUGAUUCCUCUUCCGAUGAUUCCAAUGAUUCCGAUAACUCUUCCUCUUCUUCCUCAUCCUCCGAUGACUCUUCCUCUAGCUCCUCCGAUGAAGAUUCCUCCGCUUCCGAGUCCUACUCCUCCGAUAGCUCCAGCUCUGAGUCUGACAGCCUCAGUGAGAGUCAGGAAUUCUGGCACCCCAAGCCAAACAUGAAGCAGAGCCCUGAACACGCCUACUUGCCAUUCUUUGUCGGCUACAAGGGUCACUCCAUUGCCGCUAAGAUUGAUGUUGCCAAGAAGUGCAUUGAAAUCUGCCAGGAAAUCGCCAAGGAUGCCCAGGAGCCAUCUCAGCUGCCCAAGCACAAUACCCUCGCCAAGUUCACCCUUGCUGUGCGUCUCAUCCGCAUCAUGGACUUUGAGCAAAUUGACUUUGUUGCCCAGAAGCUCCAUCUUGCCCACCAGAAUGCCCUCCACCAGACUGCUGAUGACAAAUACAACCAGGAGAGUCUGCCCCAACAGCACCCAGCCACCGAUGCUUGGUAUGCCUUCCGUGAUGCUUGCGCUGAAGCCGGUACCGGACCAGCUGUUGCUGCCAUCUUCGAAUGGGUCACCAAGAAGGUCGUUACCCACGAGGAAGCUGCCCAACUUGUUGCCACCCUCCCCAAUUCCGUCCAGGCUCCCACUGACAAGCUCCUCCACGAUUUCUUCAAGAUGGCCACCAGCACCUACGUGCACCAGCAGGAAGUUCUCAAUGUUACUGCCCUGUUUGCCCUCACCAAGAUUGUUGAGCAGGCUGUUGUCAACAACCAAACCUCCUACGAAUACUACCCCGUCAACGUUUACGGACGUCUUGCCGACAAGCGUUCCCCCAUUGUUCACGAUAUCGCCCAAUGGCUCGGUAUUCAACUCAAGUACGCUAUUGCCCAUGAGGAUUCCCACCAGGUUCUCACCUACAUCCGUUGCCUCGGCAAUCUUGGACACCCCGACAUUCUGUCUGUGUUUGAGCCCUACCUCGAGGGAGAGCGCCCAUGCACUGACUUCCAGCGUACUGCUAUUGUUGUUGCUUUCGAUCGUCUCACCCAGAACUACCCACGUCUUGCUGGCUCUGUGCUGUACAAGCUGUACCAAAACAUUGGAGAGGCUCAUGAAGUCCGUUGUGCCGCUGUUAUGCAGCUCAUGAGGACCGAACCACCAGUGCACAUCCUCCAGGCUAUGGCUGAAUUCACCCACCACGAUCCAUCCCGUGAGGUGCGUGCCUGCGUGAAGGCCGCCAUUGAAUCUGCUGCUGAGCUUGAACAUGCUCACUACCAGGAAUUCGCUGCUGCUGCCCGUGCUGCUGAACCCAUGCUGACUGAGGAGGAAUUCGGUGCUUCCUACAGUGCUGUGUACCUCAAGGAUGCCAUCCUCGAGAAAUUCAACCUUGCUGCCCUUGCCCAAUUCACCACCCUUGGAUCUUCCGACAGCAUCUACCCAUCUGGCAUUCAUGCCUUCGUUGAGAAGAGCUUCCGUGGAUACCGUCGUGAGACUCUCGUCUACGCCAUGGCUUCCUCCGUUGAGCGUCUUUUCGACUUGUUCGAUGAUCAAUUCGAGGAGAAGGAAUACAACACCGACAAGUACCCCAAGGAUCACGAUAAGGCCCACUACCGUGCCCAGAAGGCUUCUGCCAAGAGCAAGAAGAACAGCUAUGCCGCCUCCGGUGGUAACCCCAAGAGCACUGGCUUUGCCGAUUGGACUUUCGAUAAGGUCGCCGAUAUGCUCAACAUCCAACCCGAUCAAGCUCAACCCGUUGAGGCUCAAUUCCUGUUCAACCUUCUCGGCUCUGAACGUUUCUAUGCCUUCGGAAAUGCCACCAUUGAGCAGCAUUUGCCAGAAUUCAUCCGUGAAUUUGCCGGUGUUGCCAAGCAGGGAUACAACUUCCACUACUCCAAGAUCUACAAUCAAGAUCAACUCACCAUUGCCUUCCCCAUGGAAUCCGGUCUUAUUUUCUACCACCACUACUACGUCCCCACCUACUUCUCCGUCACUGGUGACAUCAAGGCUAAGUGCCAACCUGAUGUUUCCAAGGCUGGACCACGUGAUGAGGAUAUGUUUGCUCCCAUCCCCGUGCCAGAGACCAUCAAUGCUACUGCUCAACUUCAUCUUGUCUACUCUGUUAACAUGCAGAGCCAGACUGGAUUCUUCACACCACAAGAUCAACAGCGCUACAUUGCUGGACACAGCCGCAAGAUGCACAUGAAUCUGCCACUUGCCAUCAAUCUCGAAAUUGACUUGGAGAACAACCACCUCGCCACCACCUUCAGGCCACUCUUCCCCCACAAGGCUAUCAACAUUGCUCACUACAGCAGCUGGCCAUACACCGCCCGCAAGGACAUCAUGGAUCUUCGUCCCGUUGCUGAGGCUAAGGACAUCAAGCCCCUCCACGUUCGCCCAACUGUCGCCCUCAACACUGUCUUCGGCGAUAAGGCUACCGGUGUUGCUUUCCGCGUCUACGGUGAUCACCAAAUCCGCACUCCCGUCCACCAGACUCUGUGGCGUCACAUCCUUGAGCACCGUGAUAACUUCGAGGAAUUCGUUGCCUUCCCAUGGGCCGUUCACUUUGCUCCCCACUGCAAUCUCAAUGUUGCCUUCGAUGCUGAGAAGAGCACCGCUUCCGCUGUUACCUUCUACGCCAACUGGGCUAAGCAGUACGAUGCUGAAUUCGGACCAGGUGGCCAGCAACACUCUCAGGCCGCUCAAGUUCGUGCUUCCCCACGCUCUGGAUACGACAACAUGGCCAUCCCUGUUUCCCUCAAUCCCGACAGCAACCGCCGCGAGGAGCAAUACCUCCAGGCUGUUGGUGCUGGAAUUAAGAACAGCAAAUCCUACAUGGUUGACUGUGGUGCCGUCUUCCACCGUAGCCAGCAGGGUGCUAACUUCGAUAGCUCUUCCCAAGUUUCUCACUACACCUUCACCGCUGCCGUGGCCGAUAGCAGCGUUGCUGACAAGUCUCGCGCUCUCUUCUUCUUGGCCGCUGUCCCCGCUAAGGCUUCCCCAAUGCACCUGUGUGCCGUGGCUGAGAGCAAGCUCCCAUCUGUGGCUCAGCUGAACUUCAAGCAUGCCCUUGAGACCGUUGCUGGUGGUGAUCUCUUUGCUGAUAUCCUCAUCGGUAUGGACAAGUGCGACAGUGUCAAUGCCUUCCACGCCAAGGUCCAAGGAAAGGUUGCCCAAACUGACUUCUUCCGCAAGUACAUCCGUCAAACACCCGAAGGACAGGAAUGCCUGUACCAAAUGGAACAUGGAGACCACCAGCUGCCAGCUUGCCGCAAUGUUACUGAACGUGCUGCUCUUAUGCAGGAUGUUAAGCUCCAGAUUGAGUACAACUUCGAUCACCCACAUGUUGCCAACUUCUCCGGUGAAGCCGUGGCUCUUGCUCGCUACUUCAGUGCUGGAUUCAAUUGGGAUGAAGACUACACCCACGAGGGUAAACCAGGACGCAUCCAAUUCGACUACAGACUUUCCCCAUCUGGCUACUAUGGUAACUUCUCCCUUGCCACCCCAACCAUGAAGGUUGAACUCACCAAUGAGCACCUCAACCCAUGGCUCAGGGCUGCUCUUGCUGUCCACCCUGACUACGAUCUCUUUGACCGUCUUGCCAUCACUGCUUUCCACGAUCAAUACAAUCCAACUUGCUCCAUCAACAAGAACAAGAUCAACACCUUCGACUCAUCCGUGCUGAACUACAACUUCGGCAAGUGCUGGCAUGUGGCCUACAUUACCUACGAAGAUGAAGAGGAAUACGGCAGCAACAGCCAACAAUCCGAGGAGACCGUUGAUGAUGAAGAUAUUGCCAUCUUGGUGCGUCAGCCCAAUGGUGAUGACGAUAAGGAUGUGAUGGUUGUCCUGGGACAGGAGGAUCAGCACGAUUUUGUCAUCUACAUGCCCGCUAAGGAUGUCCAGGCCCGCCAUGUGUACGUUGAUGGUGAACGCAAGCCCGUUAGCGAGAAGGAAGCCAUUGAGAUCUUCAGCGAAGAUGAAGCCGACCAGCCACUUGCUCGCAUCUACUGCGGACCCGUUGGUGAGGUUACCGUUGAGAUCCGCGAUGGUGGUGUUGUUGUCACCACCAAUGGUAUGACUGUGACCAUUGAGAGCCCCGAAUAUCGCGAUGAUGUUCUCGGUGUGUGCGGUACCAAUGAUGCCGAACGCGAGAAUGACCGUCAGACCCCAGCUAACUGCUUCCACCGUCGCAAUGCUCACUUUGUCGCUGCCUACGCUCUCGAUGAUGCCACCUGCGAGGGACAAGCUAAGCCCAUGAAGAAGGAAGCCGCUCAGGCUAAGUGCUUCGAACAGGAGCUUCUCUUCACUGAUGCCGUCACCGAUGUUGAGGCUGGUCGUCAGCACUAUGGACAUGGAAUUAAGGAUGAUUCCGGCUCUAGCUCCAGCUCUAGCUCUUCCUCCAGCGAAUCCUCUGACUCUGAUGACAGUGACGAUGAUGAUUCCGACUCCAGCUCUGACUCCAGCUCCGCCGAUGAGGAACAACUCGUUGUUGCCGAGAAGAACAGGCAGCACCAAUUCGAGCAGAGGAAGUGCGAAACCAAGCACCAGACUCAGUUCGUUGAGCGCAACGGUGAGAUCUGCUUCAGCAUCCGUCAGUUGCCAGCUUGUGAUUCCCCAUGCAGGCCAGUCCAGAAGAUUGAGAAGCGUGUGCCCGUGUACUGCAGACCAGCUUCUGAGCAACAAGCCCAGCUGUACCGUCAACAGAUCCGCAAGGGUAACAACCCCGAUCUCCGCGACAAGGCCCCAACUCGCUACGUGAACUUUGCCAUCCCCCAGGCUUGUGUUAUGUAAAAGAACAUUCUUCAAUCUCAAACUUCCCCCAAUUUGGCCCCCGAAACAUUUAGAAAAAAAAAACGGACAAUGAACUAUUUAUUUGUAGAUAAAAAAAAUAUUAGAUGAGCAAUACAGUGGUUUUAUGACCCAAAAUUAAA